AUCAGAACUUGUAAUGGUUUUCAGACGAUUUCAUAAAUCAAUUCUUUGGACGUGGCCGGCCCUUUACUAUGUAACUGUGUGCUGUAACCUUGGCCACGUACCAUACUUGCGAAGAUGGUCUAUUUGUUUUCAAGGAAAUGAAUUGAUCCCUAUUCCUUGCGUCAAAGCGUCUUUUUGCAGCUGGAGGCGGGGUCAGUCCCAUGGCACCCAAGCCUGCAAAGAAAGAUGACAAGAAACAGGUUGACCCCCUCGAGGCUAAGUACCAGGAGGAGAUAAGGCAACUUGAGCAAGCAAAGAAUGAUUUGCAGCUUGAGCACACCUUCGUUUUGGACAAGUUCCGCCAGCUGAAGGCUGAGAACGACCGCCUGCGUGCCGAAAUUGAUUUAUUCAAGUCGCGGCUUACAAACGCGGCUGAUGACUAUGCGGACAUUCUAGAGCACCGCCAGGAGCAAAUUCGUGCGGAGGAAAACAAGCUCAAGGGGUUACAGAACCAUGUUGAAAAGCUGGAGGCGGACAUCGCGAGGUAUCUGGAGGAAAUUCGGGUGCUGAAAGACGCCAAUGCCCAGCAGGCCAUCAAGCUGGACGAGGCGGCCCAGAUGCUGCAGGACAAGGAAAAUCUGGAGGAGGCAGUGCGACGGCAACAUGAUCUGAUCGAGAAGCAGACGGAGGAGCUACGCAGCCUUAAAAAGCAGCUGGAGGAGCGGGACGGUCAGCUGGAGCGGGCAAAUGCCCAGAUUGAGGAGCUUACACUCAAGUCGGGUGGCGCCACAGACCUGAGGAUCCUAUUCGACGAACCCUGGCUGGUGCAGGUUUCCUACGCUCGCCUCAAGGGUGACAUUCCCCUGGACCGUGAGAUGGGCUCCAUCGCCUCUCUUGGACUCGGCAAGCAGCUGGUGCUGUACGGAGGUGUCAGCAAGGUGGGCGGCUCCACAUCUGAGAGCGUGGGCCGUGAGGUGGCGGUGCUCAAUGUGGAGAGCGGUGUGUGGGAGCGGCCCAGCUCGGCACGAACAUUGGCAACCAGCUACAGCCACUCGGCAGUGGUAGUGGGGCGCACCAAGCUGCUGGUGUUUGGCGGCAUGCGGGGUGAUGGGGUGGCAGCGGCGGACGUGGCGCUGCUAAAUGCGGACACCAUGAAGUGGCUUUCGCCACAGAUUAAGGGCGCCGACCGGCCGCUGCCGCGGUCGGGUCACUCGAGCUGCUGCAUCCGCGAGCGCGUGUUCGUAUUUGGCGGCGCCUCUGCGGACGGCGUGCUGCUCAACGAUGUAUGGAUGUACGACCAGGACAGCUGCCAAUGGAGCCACAUCAGCACCUUUGGCACAGUGCCGGCACCUCGCACGGGUGCGGCAGCCACGUGCACUGAUGACGGCAGACGGUUGUACGUCUUUGGCGGUAACGACGGUAGCCGCUGCCUGAACGAUGUCCACUACCUGGACCUAGAGAAGCUGACGUGGAGCCCGGUUGCGGUGCACAUGGGGCAAGCUCCAGAGCCUCGCGAGUGCGCGGUGGCCCACGUGACAGGCAAGUACCUACUGGUCGCGGGCGGCUGUUCCGGGACCGGUCGCUGCAUGUGCGAUACACGCGCUCUGGACCUUUACUCGCCGCGGUGGGAGACGCUGGACGAUGGGGCCUGGGCAAACGGCGUUAUGUGGCUUAAGCCGCGCGCCGCGUACAUUGCCUUCUUUGGCAACCGGCAAUUCACUAUCAAGCCAAGCAUGCAUGAGAAGCUGUGGGAGCUGCAGAUUACUGAGUGGUCGUUGCCAGAAGACAUUGAGCGGCUGCGAGCCAACCGGCGCAAGGACAUGGGCUUCAGCGAGAAGCUGGAGCUGUCAGAUGAUGCAGUUUGCGGCGUGUCCUUCCUGGAGCUGAGCUGGCGGCCUCCCACCAAGAACUCGGACCGCAUCGAACGCUACAAGCUGAUGAUUGCGACGGGCACGGGCGUGGUCAAGGACGUAUACCAGGGCAGGGAGAGCCGCUUCCGCGUUACUGGCCUGAAGUCCAACACCGAGUACAUCCUGUGUGUCAAGGCGAUCUACGAUGACGGCUCAUUCUUAUGGAGCGAGUCCAAGGCCUACCGUACACUCACGUGAACACUUCCAGUGUAUGACAUGAUUGGAUGCAUGGUGCAGAUCCCGCUUAAGCAUGGCGACGUCUGCUCUGGUUACCCGGAGUGUGGGAGGUUCCCGGAUCGCCGUAUGCAUGAUCCUUUAUCCCACCCGUAGAAGCUUCCGAUUGUUUAUUUGGAUUUCCGUUCUGCUUCUGUGCUCGAUGCCGUCGCCAAUAUGUCAGGGUUCAUGGCGUCUAGGUCGCGUGCACCGGUGGCUUGCUAAUAGGGGUUGGCGUUUGGGGACUGGGUAACCAUGACUGACUUCUACUCUCUGUAAUAGCCGCCUUGG